AUGCGUUUCAUAACUAAAUUAGUCACUACAACUGUUGGUGUUGUGUGUACAACAGCCUCAGCAUAUUUAUUUAUCGAUGAAAAAAAACGGCAUCGUGUAUUAUUUGCUGCCACUAUUUCUCAAGCACCUAAUAACAAUAAUAAUAAUGAUAUAAUUCAGCCAGAUCAACAAUCACUUUCAUCUCCAAUAAAAUCUAGUGACCCAUGGAAUUGGAAUUGGGAUGGUCGACAUUCAGACAUGAAUAAAACUCGAAUUGUAAGACAUAUUUAUCUUAUUCGACAUGGGCAAUAUCAAACUAAAACAAAAGUUGAAGAUCAAAAACAAUUAACUGAAUUAGGUAAUGAACAAGCCGAUUGGGCUGGACUAGCAUUAGCCGAAUCGAAAAUUCCAUUUACACGAUUUAUACAAUCGGGUCUAAUUCGUGCCGUUCAAACAGCAUCAAUUAUUAACAAACAUAUCAAAUUCAAUAGAAUUGAACAAGAUAUUGAUCUUAAUGAAGGAUUUCCAUUCCUUCCAGAACCAGCUGGUAGAUUUGCCGAUAGUGUUGCUACAGGUCGUAUCGAAUUAGAAACCGAACGAAUGGAAAGAGCGUUUCGUCGUUAUAUUCAUCGACCACUUACGAGUCAAACAGAAGAUUCUCAUGAACUGAUUGUAUGCCAUGCUAAUGUUAUUCGUUAUUUUGUUUGCCGCGCACUUCAAAUACCAGCUGAUGCUUGGCUGCGUUUUAAUCUUUUUCAUUGUUCAAUCACACAUUUAGUUUUUACAUCUGAUGGUCGUGUAAUUUGUUAUGGCAUUGGUGAUGUUGGACAUGUUCCACAAGAACGACGCUCCUUAAGACGACCCAGUAGAAAGCAAUCACGAACAUCCGCCGCAAUAACUGCAUAA